AUGAAGAUGAAGAAAGAAGAUAGUUUCCGAGGACUAGGGAGUAGUCGCAUGACAGAUAUGGCUAGCCCUGGAGGAAACAAAGUUCUACCAAUUAGUGAGGCAGCACUAUCACCCCCAACAAACUUGAAUGAGCAGUGUGCCAUGGUGGAAAAUAAAGAUAAGGCUAAGGCUGACAAAUCCAAAACCAUUUCCAGAAUGAAGGAGCUAUUGAGAUGGGCUGCUGCUGCUGCCAGGUCUGAGAAGGGAGGAAACUACAUUAGUCGAAAGGUUUUACACUUUCGGAAUAGAGCAACACUCAAGGCAGUACCAUAUGAUGAUCAACUUAGCAAUGACUCUCCUAAGAUCAGUUUCAGAUGGGAUGUGGGAAGUUUCUCUACCACUUCCUCUGCUUUCUCCGCAAUUUCAUUGGCUUCCUUCACGAAAAAUGAGCAGUCCAUGGACAUGCCUUCUUUAAACUCCACUCCCAUCCAUCAUAGAGAUCCUAGAAGAGGAAAUUGGAUCACUACUGACUCUGAAUUUGUGGUGCUAGAGCUUUGAAGAUUAGGUGUGAAAGUCUACAAUCGUUGAACCAACUGCUUAGCAAUUGUAUCAGUGUUACUGCUGAAUGAGUUUUUGUUCAUUUCUGGAGAUUAGAGGGCUUAAAUGUAAACAUCAAUUCAAGGAUGUUAUAUGUAUUCUUCUAUGAGACUGGCCUUACAAUUAGGAAGACGAAAGGAGUAUUUUCAAGUUCAUCUACCUGGAUUUGUUGAUGAUUAUCACAUACAUUUUGG